UUGGAGGAAGCGCUUGUCUCUCAGCGGAGGAGUGAGGCUCCCUGCGGUGGAAGUUUGAGGAGGACUUUUGAGAGGGGAGAGAGAGGGUGUGUGGCUGUGAGACGUUUUGGGGUUUGGUUAGGCCAGGCGUGCCCCUGUUCCCUUCUCUGGGGCCUUCGGAGGAGAAGGAGAUUGGAGGAAAGACGGCGAAGAAAUGGCUCACAGGAGCCAGGAGCAGAGCCUUCGGGAAGAGCUCACCUGUGCCAUCUGUUUUGACCUGUUUCGGAAGCCAGUCAUGCUGGACUGCAUGCACCAUUUUUGUCAGGAGUGCAUCCAGAGCUACUGGGAAAGUUGCUCGGACGUUGCCACCUGCCCUCAGUGUCGGCGGGAGUUCCCCACCCGCUCCUUCCGCCCCCAGUAUCUCGUUUCCGGAGUAGUGGAGAAGGUUCGGAGGUGCACCUCAGAGGAGCACAAGAGCAAAGUACAGAAGCACCUCGAAGAGGCACUUCAGUCUUUCCAGGUGGACUAUGAGAAACUGAUGAGAAUGAAGCACGGGACUGAGGAGAAGAUCUCUGGCUUGCUGAAGGCUUCUGGUGAACUGAAGUCAAAGAUCCGUGCAGCGUUUGAGCGUCUUCAUCGUAUCCUAGAAGAAGAGGAAAGAACUGUGCUGUUGGAACUUGCCCGGAAAGAGAGAGAGUGGUUGAUGAGACUGGAAAGAGACUCUGCACAACUAGCAGGAAGGAUGGUUGAUUUAAAGAAAAACAUGGAGCAUAUACAGCACCAGCUUGACACACUGGGAAGCUCAUUGCUUCUUGAGGUGGAAAAUGUGACAGUUAAGCCAACCACAGAUGUGAAAGCAUUGACUACUUUUCGCAUUGAGCAGUACAAGGACCUGUAUGAUGGGCCCCUGCAAUAUACAUUUUGGAGAAGGAUGCUCAAGUCAAUCAGCCCAGCUCCAGCCUCUCUGGUCUUUGACCCAGAAACAGCCCACCCAAACCUCGUCCUCUCCAAAGAUUUGACUGCAGUAACAGAGAAAGAGACAUUCCAAGCUGUGCCGAGAAGCUCCAAGCGCUUCCUGCAGAGUGUGAACGUCCUGGGCAAAGCAUCCUUUAAGAAUGGGAGGCAUUACUGGGAGGUCUGGGUAGGCAGCAAGACCAAGUGGGACCUGGGAGUGGCAGCAGACUCUGUGGACCGAGCAGCUAGAGUCCGGCUGUGCCCUGAGAAUGGCUACUGGGCUAUACGACUACGGGAUAAUGCUGAGUAUUGGGCUGCAACCACUCCCUGGGUGCGCCUGAGGCUUCGCCGUCCACUGAAAAAAGUGGGUGUCCUGCUGGAUUGCAGCGCAAACAAAGUGGCCUUCUACAAUGCUGAGGACAUGUCCUUUCUCUUUGCCUUCCACCAGGCCCGGGCACGCAAAUUCUACCCUUUCUUCAGCACUUGUUUCAGUGAUGGCAAGAAGAAUGAGGAGCCCAUGAGAAUCUGCCAUCUGAAUCUGUAACAUGAUACCAGCAGGCUGCAUUUAACUGCAUUCAGCAAAACAAUUGGGCCAGAUUCUUCUUGAGUUCUCUACAUUUACAGCUAGUUGACCUACUACCGAAAUGAGAAAAGCUUUCUUCAGUGUCUUCUUUCUGUUCUUUUUGUGAGCUUUAUGUACAGUACUUGACAAGUAGUAUAAGCUCUGGAAUCCUAUGGACCACACGAUUACUAACAAAUUGGAGUGUAUUUACUAUCAGCCUUCCACAUUUGUGGGGGUUAGGGGCUUAUCUUCCCCAUGACUGUUAAACUACAAAUACCAUUACACACACACAUCCCUCUCUUGAAUGGGGAGCCCAGAGAAUGUUCCCAAGAUGCCCGCAUCCUCAGGAGAUGGUACAGAUGUGAGGAGAGCAAUUUCUCCCCGAUGCUGAUCUCUCAAUGCUGGGCGUGACUUGGGAAUGUUCCCUAUACUUCCCCCUGGAUGCUUAGUGGCCCUCCUGCCUCCAAGUUCCAUAGGGCCUGGCCAAUUCACAAAUAGUCAAAAAUGCAAAUGUAAAACCAGCAGAUGUGAAGGGCCAACUGUACUAUCUUGGUGCAAAAAAGAAUUUCCAUGUACACCCCAGAUGUUUGAUUUCAUGGGAACAAUAUACAUCUAUAUAUGUAUCUUCAGUAUAUAUGUGUAUCUUCAGUAAGCUUAGAUCAAGGAAGAUGAAACAACCAGUCAUAGUGAAUAUAAGGCCAAAAAAUGGCAAAACAUUAAAAAAAACAUGAUACAUAACCUCACUUCUUUGGCGUAACUGUUUUCUUUCCCCACCCCCAAUGCAACCUGUUCAAUAUAUUGUUAUACUCAAGAACCUCCUUGUUUUAAAAUAUUGGUGAUUUCUUCUAUCUGCUUAAGAGGAGAAUCAGCUGGACACAUGGACAGAAAACAUAGAAGCAAACUAAAAUGGAAAAAGACAUGGGAGAGAACCUCGUCUUCUUCUGCCAACCAUGACAGUAUAUUAUGGCUAUGGAGAACAUUUGCAUUGUCCAAAAAAAUCCUUUAAAAAGUGUGUUUUGAAAGGCUGUACUUUGAAAUAAAUCUAUUUAAUUUGUUCUUCCUGAA